UUAAACAUCCUGUACAAUUAUCCGUACUUGUGUCAACUUUUGAAGCUAUUGUUUCAUUGGAUGACAUUAAAACAUUGUUGAUUAGUUGAACAGAAUAUUCAAUAGCGUAAGUUAAUUCCGCGUUCAGUCUGUCAUCGCUCUUGUCCGCUGUACUCGCUUUACACCAGGUGUAUGAGAAUGCUAUUUAUCGUUAUCUUCAAAGGCCGGUACCUAAAUGGAUAUUUGUAAUUGUUAUUGACACAACAUAGCGUUACCGUGUCGUUAUAUCGCGUUGUGUUUAUCAUUGAUAAAACCGUGAUACAGAAACAUACCGUGUUCAAAUUAAAGUGCUCCUUUCUAAAAAUGUGUACGUGAAAAACAUGAAUUUAAGUAAUAGAAAUGAAGAACAGAACUUGUGUGUUUCUCCUGAAGCGUUUAGCUUUGAACAAGUAUAUUGUAUUUGUAAUAUUUUUUAGUAUAUCCAUAGUUAUUUACCAAUACAGUAUUUAUAAAGAAUCAAAUGAUUUAGGCGAAAGUAAAGACGAUUCGAAUCUAGAAAAUAUAAGCCCGUUUGAUGAAGUUAAGUAUCACGAGAAGAUUGUUAAUUCGUAUUUUAAUAGAAGAAGGGAAUGGAGAACAUCAAAUUUAGGAUCAAUAUUAUUUAAGAAUGCUGACGUAAAUGUAUAUAGAAGGAAAGAUACCGAAAAGAGAACGUUUACAAUUGUGAUUUGGAAAUACUGGAACUGGCUUCAACAUCGCCAUAUGUAUAGUUUUGGUGCAUCUCAAUGUUGGAAGCGAUUAAGAGAAAUUAUCACUUGUGGAUAUGGAAAGAUAUAUCAGAGAUAUAGAAGAAAAAAAUCCUUAAUUGAUUACAGGAAAGAUAUCUCAUUAGAAGGUUGCAGUGUCAAGAAUUGUGUAUUUCCUAAGAAUGAUCGAGAUUUCGAUACAGCGGAUGCUGUAGUUGUUCACGUACAACAUGGAUUAUUUCCAAAUAACACAAAGAAACGAAAUCCACGCCAAAGAUGGAUAUUCCUCAGCGAUGAAUCACCGGUAAACGCUUUCUUUCAAUCGGAGCGUCGGAUAAAGCUGCAAGAUAUAGUGAAUACCUUUAAUUGGUCAAUGACGUAUAGAUCAGAAUCCGAUGUGCCAGUACCAUAUGGAAGGACUAUACCGUUGUUAGAAUCACUCGAAGCAAUGGCCGAGAAACCAAUAAAUGAUAUCAUACCUAACUGGAGUAAGAAACGACAAGAUGUUUUAGCGGCGAUUUUAAUAUCGCAUUGUGGUGUUUCAUAUAGAAUGAAUUAUGUGAAUGAAUUAAAGAAACAUCUUAAUCUAGACGUGCAUGGAUCUUGUUCAGAAAAUCAUAAAAAUAGCUGUCCGGGACAUUUUCGAGCAGAUUGUCCAAUAAUAUCUGAAUAUUUAUUUUACUUAGUAUUUGAAAACUCUAAAUGCCAAGAAUAUUUGACUGAGAAAGCAUUUUAUCACGCAUAUUCUAAAGGCGCUAUCCCAGUGAUCAUGGGUCCAACGGUACAAGAAUGUGAAACACUCUUGCCACCGGAUUCAUUUCUACAUGUUGAUAACUAUGACACGGUAGAGGAACUUGCAAUGGACAUAAUAAAUAUUAGCAAAGAUUUGCCAAGACUACUCCUGUAUCACGAGUGGCGUAGACAUUUUAAAGUUAUUAAUGAACACGGAUAUUUCGGAUCUAAAUCUCAACAUUACUGCAGAAUCUGUGAAGCCCUAAAUUAUAAUGAUGAAGGCGUCAAAAUUUACGACGAAAACAUGUUAAAACCAUAUUUUGACGUAGCGUCGACAUGUACAUAGUUACAAUUUCGUGUUAUUGUUUUGUUGAUUGUUGUAAUUAUGUUGUUAAAUUAGAAUAAAAGUGUAUCUUUAGCUGUGAACGGCACACGCAUAA